ACAUCAAUUUCCGGCCAAAAAAACCCAUUUCUUUUUCCAAUGGCAGAAACUUCAGAAUCAUACCCACCGAUCGAACCGUCAAACUUCGAUCUCAUCGUCAUCGGCACCGGCUUACCGGAAUCCAUCAUCGCCGCUGCCGCUUCCACCGCCGGAAAAACCGUCCUUCAUCUCGAUCCAAAUUCUUUUUACGGCUCACACUAUUCCUCCCUCACUCUCACAGAGCUAACUUCCUUUCUCCAAUCUCAAAACCCUAACAACCAAUCACACUCCGCCACGUCAGACACCGACGUCCACGUCACCACCCGAUCCAUCUACUCAGAUAUCGAGAUAAAUACAUACGAUCAAAUUGUAAAUGAACAUUCUAGAAAGUUUAUUAUUGAUGUAUCAGGACCUAGGGUUUUGUUCUGUGCUGACGUGGCAGUUGAUUUGUUGUUGAAAUCUAGUGCUAAUCAGUAUGUUGAGUUUAAAAAUAUUGAUGCUAGUUUUGUUUGUGAUGAGAAUGGGAAGUUAGUUAAUGUUCCGGAUUCGAAAAGCGCGGUUUUUAGGGAUAAGAGUUUGAAGUUUAGUGAGAAGAAUCAGUUGUUUGGCUUUUUUAAACUUGUUCAAGGUCAUCUCGAAGCGGUUAAGGGCGGUUCGAAUGGUGAUGAUGAGAGGAUUGUUUCAAGUGAGGAUUUGGAAAGUCCGUUUGUUGCGUUUUUGGAUAAAAUGAAGUUCCCUGCCAAGAUUAAAUCGAUUAUACUCUAUGCGAUUGCCAUGGUUGAUUAUGAUCAAGAUGCUGGAGAGUCUUGUAAAAAUAUGAUCAAGACAAGAGACGGGAUUGACCGUUUAGCUCUUUACCACUCAUCAGUCGGAAGGUUUCCUAAUGCACUUGGUGCUUUGAUAUACCCCAUUUAUGGCCAAGGAGAACUAGCUCAAGCCUUUUGCCGCCGUGCUGCUGUCAAAGGGUGUCUUUAUGUUUUGCGGAUGCCUGUAAUAUCUCUAAUUCUGGACAAGGAUGGGGGGAACUAUAGAGGUGUCAAAUUGGUUUCUGGCCAGGAACUUACCAGCCAUCAGCUGGUAAUGGGUCCAUCAUUUACCAUAACAUCUUCACUGGUUAAAUCUCCUUCAGAAUCUCUCCAAGAAGCUUCUAAAGUCUUUGGUAUUGGAGAUGUCAGUGGCAAGUUGGCCCGUGGAAUAUGCAUCACAAAGAGCUCUUUAAAACCUGACAUAAUGAAUUGUCUUGUCAUAUAUCCUCCUAGAUCUCUGCAUCCUGAUCAGACUACAUCAAUUCGAGUUCUCCAGCUUGGGAGUAAUCUAGCUGUUUCUCCGUCUGGCAUGUUUGUUAUCUACAUUUCAGUUGUAUGUGAUGAUACACUUGAAGGCAAAAAGUUACUCCACACGGUGGUUAAAAGUCUUUUUUCAGUACGUGCCUCUGGUACAACUGAUAGCAAUAUUACUGAUCAAGCCGACAGUACAGAAGUGAAGCCCACUUUGCUUUGGAGUGCACUGUAUAUACAGGAUCUGAUUGAGGGUUCGAUGGGACCUGUGGUUACAACUCCUACCCCAGAUGGAAAUCUGAACUAUAGUGAUCUUUUGGGUGUUACUUCAAAGCUCUUUCAGAAGCUGUACCCUGAUGAUGAAUUUUUCCCAGAAACAAACAACUCAGAAUCAGUUGAUAAGCACGAGGAUGAUAAUAAAGAGUUAGAAUCCUAAUGAUGAUUUCUUCAAAUUUCAACAUUAUUAGUUGUGCUGGUUAGAAUAUUGACCUUUUUCAAGUUUAAUCAGUGGCAUAUAUGCAUAUAGUAUCCUUGUAACAGAUCUAGCCUCCAAUUACAGUCCGAUUAGAUUUGCGAGUUAUAAUGAUAGGGGUAAUUUUUGACACACACACACACACAGUAUAAUUUACAUAGAUGGACCCCAAACCCUAACCCUUAACUUCCUUUCCCUUCUUUUAACUGCUGCCACCGACACCAACAAUGGGGCAACCAAAAUAACAACCUAAACCAAUUUCCUGUAAGAUUAUGAAAUGGAUUUUGUAAAUCCUUGAAGCAAAACAAUUUAAAGAGUUUGCAAAAUGGGCAGCAAGAGUAGCGUGUGUAGCGUAAGAAAGGAAUCAAGUACGGGGAAUGCAAGAAGAUUUUAUGGGUUAGAAACUUAGAAUGAAGGAUUUUGAAGUGUUUUGUGUUUUUGUUAUAAUGUAAGUUUACAUACAUCACUGCUUUUGUAGGUUCAUUGAUGUAUGUUUAUAUUAGGUAUAUUAUGUGAGACAUCACUGCUUUUGUAGGUUCAUUGAUGUAUGUUUAUAUUAGGUAUAUUAUGUGAUUUUGAUUGUGUUUGGAAAUA